AUGAGUCCGGCCAUUGUGCGAGCCGAGCGAGCAGCGCAGCCCAAAGAAGAACUACCUAGGUUAUUGGGCUCACGCCCGGAGCAGAAUGAUCCUCACUGCUGCAGGGAAAUCUCCCUGGCUGGUCGCGUGUGGGAACUUUCCCAGGAUUCCAAAGGAUGUCGGGAAGUGCAACUUGCGAUUGAAGAAGCUUCAGAUGAUGUACGCAGAGGCUUGCUUGCAGAAAUCGCUGGCCAUGUGCUGGAUGCCAUGCGAUGCCCACAUGCGAACCACGUCUUGCAGAAGUGCAUUACUUGCUCCAGGCCUCAAGAUUGCCAGUUCAUUGUCGACGAGAUCAUGGCUUGCAACGGUUUUGUGGAACUCGCAGCACGCCAUAAGUAUGGCUGCCGGAUCAUACAGAGGCUUCUUGAGCGUUGCCCACUCCAGGUAGAGCGCAUUGCUGCCGCUAUUUUGUCAGACGUCAGUGGCAUCGCGCGCCAUCCAUAUGGCAAUUAUGUCUUGCAGAAUUUGCUGGAACAUGGAACUCCAGCCCACCGACACAGGUUAGCUGAGGACAGCUCAGGCAGGAGAUCGUAG